AUGGAGUCCACGCUGGGCGCGGGCAUCGCGAUGGCCGAGGCGCUGCAGAACCAGCUGCCCUGGUUGGAGAACGUGUGGCUCUGGGUCACCUUUCUGGGCGACCCCAAGAGCCUCUUUCUGUUCUACUUCCCUGCGGCCUACUAUGCGUCUCGCCGGGUGGGCAUUGCGGUGCUCUGGAUCAGCCUCAUCACCGAGUGGCUCAACCUCGUCUUCAAGUGGUUUCUGUUUGGAGACAGGCCGUUUUGGUGGGUCCAUGAGUCUGGGUACUACAACCAGGCUCCAGCCCAAGUUCACCAAUUCCCCUCUUCUUGUGAAACUGGCCCAGGCAGCCCUUCUGGACACUGUAUGAUCACAGGAGCAGCCCUCUGGCCCAUAAUGACGGCCAUCUCUUCCCAGAUGGCCACUCGGGCCCACAGCCGCUGGGUGAGGGUGAUUCCUAGCUUGGCUUAUUGCACCUUCCUGCUGGCGGUCGGCUUAUCCCGGGUCUUCCUCUUAGCACAUUUCCCUCACCAGGUGUUGGCUGGCUUAAUAACCGGUGCUGUCCUGGGCUGGCUGAUGACCCCCCAGGUGCCCAUGGAGCGGGAGCUAAGUUUCUAUGGAUUGACCUCGCUGGCCCUCUUGCUGGGUGCCAGCCUCAUCUACUGGACCCUCUUUACACUGGGCCUGGAUCUUUCUUGGUCCAUCAACCUAGCCUCUAAGUGGUGUGAGCGGCCUGAGUGGGUGCACUUGGACAGCCGGCCCUUUGCCUCCCUGAGCCGCGACUCAGGGGCCGCCCUGGGUCUGGGCAUCGCUCUACACUCUCCCUGCUAUGCCCAGGUACGGCGGGCACACCUGGGAUAUGGCCAGAAACUAGCUUGCCUUGUGCUGGCCAUGGGGCUGCUGGGCCCCCUGAACUGGCUGGGCUACCCACCUCAGAUCAGCCUUUUCUACAUCUUCAAUUUCCUCAAGCACACCCUCUGGCCAUGCCUGGUCCUGGCCCUCGUACCCUGGCUGGUGCAUACGUUCAGUGCCCAGGAUGCACCGCCCACCCGCUCUUCCUGA